UUCUUGCAUGCAUUCUGAUAUUUCCCCCAACUAUGUUUUUUUUUUCAUCCCUUGAAGGAAAAGCAUCUGAUGUAGCAGCGGGGAAAGAGAGAGAAGGCUGUGUACCUUGUGAGGAGGAUGCAGCAGAGCCGGGGCUGCAUGAAGAGAAGGCAAUAAUUAGGCAAGGCAGGAUGAGAGAAGGCUGACAUCAAUGAGAUAUGCAAAUGUACGCUCAUCCUGUCAGCCGCAGACACAUCUGAACGUCCUCUGAAUGUCUGAAUGGUCAAACAGCAGAUAGAGCCGCAGUAUUCCACAACUGCAUUUCCUCACUGAGGAUUAAUCAGCUCCACUUCUCACAGACAGGAAGUGGAAUGGAACAGUAAAUGAGCAACCCCUCCUCAAGGCAGAUCAGUCCCCCUGCAAAGCAUCUCUGGCUCAUUUUUGAAAUAUGAUCUCGCAGGAGUUUGCUGUUUACAAAAUACACAUUAAUGAGUUCACGCAGCAGGGGGGGGGGGGGGGAAACGAUGGCCCUUACAUAGUCAUAACAUUAGGAGGCGUGUGUUCUGCAGCCAGACUCUUAUUUUAACGCGCGCCAAGAGAAACAAACCAUAAAAGUGCGGAGGAGCUUUUUUGAACUUAAGAACGUUCAAAGUACAGCGUGUCCUUCCAGGUUUGCUUCUACAAACAGCGGUUUAUCUUUAGCACAUGCGGCGCACGCUUUUAGUAAUACGCGUAAACUUAUUGGGGGGAAAAAAACGCAAGUGAGCUAAUCUUUGGCGGAUGUCUUUAACGUCUUAGCUAGCAUCCGUUUCAGUGUAUACAAAUGUAAAAAUGAAAACAUUAUGAUUCGUUGAACAAUGUUUUUUUAUUUAUAAAUACUAAUAGUACUAAUAUACUUGGGAAACAGGCUCCAAAAACAAUCACUUACAUUUAUUUGUAGCUUUAAAUCGACGUGUAUUCAUUUACAGUCCAGCCUUUGACAACAUCCAAUAUGGCGGCGACGUUGACGUACGGCUCAGGCCUAGAUGCGGCGGUUAUCUAUAUGAGGAAAAACGGCCAAGAAAAGUUGCCCCGUUUGCAGGACUCAAUAACUUGUACAAAUUUAGAUACAUAUGAACUACAAAAUGCUUAUUGUAUGUUUCGAAAACGGGUUUUUGGGAGUCUUUUUUUUAGCAUUAUCCAGUCUGUCUUAGCUUAGCUUAGCCUAGCUCUAGUAGCCUAGCCAAAUAUUAACUAACCCAUGUAAGAACAAAUAUAUAUUUAUUACGUAAAGCACUCCAUUGUGAUAUUAUCAUUAUUAUUAUCACUCUCAAUGUUCAUUUUUUGAACUAACAUAUUUAAAGCAGUUACCGAAUUUAAAAAUAUUACCGGAAAGUAUUCGCUCAACUGCAUGCUUUUAUUUUAAAGGCCUAACCGGAAGCGGUUGCAAGUUACGCUCUCUAACUCGACACACAUCGGGCGCAUGUGGUGUGUUUUAAGCUCAGUCCGACUGAGGUGUACUCAGGGAGAGAGGAGCACUGCUAUAUUGAAGGUGCUCUCCACAUCGCAUCCCCUUUUGACUACUUCACGGUGUUCUUUCUGGAUUUCCUUUUCCCCCUCAAUGAACGACAGAUUGAAUUUUUGGACUUUGGAUGAAGUUGGGAGUUUUUGGCUUGCACAACAAUGUGACCAUGCUGAGUUGAAGCAUUGACUGUUCUCCCUUGUUGGAUUUACGAGUGUCUUUUAUCGAUCCUGAGACGUUGGGGGGGGAGGACUUAAGAAUGGGCAAACUUCAAUCCAAACACGCGUGCAAGCGCAGAGAGAACCCAGAAGGCGACAGUUUUGUCGUGAACGCCUUCCUCCGGAGAGGCAUGGACGAAUGUGAGCGUUAUGGAGGGAUGGAUCACAAGAUGAAGAACAUGCAGGACUUUCCCAACGGCCAUUCCAAGGAGGGACAUCUUGCAGAUCAACACUGCCCCCUAGAGGUGGCUCUGCCUCCAGAGAAAGCCGAGGGUUGCGAAAACUACCUGCAGUACCAGUACGCAGACGACGGAGAUCGGGAAAUCAAGGCUUCUGGGAAGAAACGCAUCAGUCUGGAUGACUUGGAGUGUGACGUUUCAGUUGAGGACGACAACCGUCAGGAGUGGAUCUUCACACUUUACGACUUUGACAACAGCGGCAAAGUGACAAAAGAGGAUAUGUCCAGCCUGAUGCACACCAUCUAUGAUGUAGUGGACGCCUCUGUCAAUCAUUCCUGCAAUAACAAAAGCAAGACGCUACGUGUCAAGCUAACCGUCACACCGGAGCCUCGAUGCCAUAAAAGAGAAACGGGCACAGAUCGCUGUCACCAAGAAGAAGGCCGUUCAGCUGACAAGCGCAUCUCCGCCUAUAUCAGCAAAGGACAAAACAAUGAAGCACCAACCACUGAGGGCCAGCAUUACUGUGUGGAUGAGAACACAGAGAGGAGGAAUCACUACCUGGACCUGGCUGGUAUAGAGAACUAUACCUCCAGGUUUGAGGGAACAACAAGCCCGGCGUUCCCUCCCCAGGAAAGCCAUAAUCGAAGCUCGCAGAGCCAGAGUCGUUCCCGCUCCCACGAGCCGGAAGCCCAGAUUAUUCACCAGCGGCGCUCUCAGAUCAUCAGCGAUAGUUACAACCCGGCAGAGCUCCGAGGCAAAGGAGCACAGUUCCUGAAGUCACCCAAGGGCACCAACAAAGGAGGGAAUAGCGGCGGCAAAUCCACUAAAUGCCACGGCUACCACGCGGCCACCCACGGGGGCCAAGAUGUGUACCACUUACCGCACCAGGGCCACCACCAGCACCCUCUACAGUACAGUCACAGCAAACGCAUGAGGGCCAAAGCUAGGGAAGCCAUGUCUCCGAGCAAAACGCCCCUCACCCCUCAGCCUCACCCCCAGCAGCAGCUGCCGCCCACACUGCCGGGCCUGGAGAGAGAGCAAAUGUCCGGUCCACCCGGGAGCCCGGGAUUUGUGGUUCCUGUGGUCCAACGCCACGAGCACCACCACCACCAUGAACACCAUCACCACCACCACUACCACCAUUACCACCAGACAUGACCGCCUCCACUCGGGUCAAGUGUACAGGACCAAGCACCACUCCCAGUCCGGGAUCUCCAGGACUCUGCCAAGCUAUACACUUUUCAGUAUAUCCUGACUUUUUAUGGAGUUUGUAUCGUGACACUCAGCCGUCGUGGACCUGACGUUGUGUGACAUCUUUUUUUUUUUUUUUUUUUUAGUAAAAUCUUUGCUGGGACUGCUGCCGCCAUUUUCACAAAUGGGGACCACACAACAGAAAGCCAAAACACGGGAAAACUUUAACACCUUUUUCCCCCCUCCUGAUGCUGUUGAUGGUCCCUGGAAGCUAUUUGUCACAUGGAUCUCAGGUGUAAAGGUGCUGCUUUUAUCACAGAGGCCUCUUUUGUCUGUGGA